CAGCUAUCAGCCUUAUUGCGAGUUUGUGUAUAAUGUGGAGUCUAUAAUUGCACAUGAAUAUUAGUUUAAAGGUUUGAACUGUCCCCUAGUGAGUUUGACUCCGCUUGCUUCUUUUGUGUAGUCCCCGGCUGUUCCGCAGCCUUUCUUCCGCCCGCGGCGAGUCCCGGGCAAUGCAGUUGGCUGAAGAUGCGCUACAAUGAGAAGGAGCUGCUGUCCCUCUCUAGGCAGAGAGCAGAGAAAGCGGCAGAGCUGAGUAUGAGAGGCCCGAAGAAGGGGAGCGUACUGAAGAAGCGCCUGGUAAAAUUGGUUGUGAAUUUCCUCUUUUAUUUCCGCAUAGAUGAGGAGGAGCCCAUUGGAGCUUUGCUGCUGGAACACUGCAGAGUAUCAAAGGAGGAUGAAAAAGGAUUUUCCAUACACUUUAUAGAUGAGCCAGAAAAAAAGUACAUGUUCGAGUGCAGUAGCCAGGAGCAAUGUGUAGAGUGGGUAGAAGCUCUAACCAAUGCCAGCUAUGAGUUUAUGAGGAGAAGCCUAAUGUUUUAUCGCAAUGAAAUCCUGAAGAUGACAGGGAAGGACCCACUUGAGCAGUAUGGGAUUUCUGGAGAAUCACGUUUCCAGUUAGAGAAUGCCAGCUUGUGAACUAACUCUGGAUCCAGAUACGAGACCUGCAGCUUUGUGCAUUUCUACCCAUCACACAGGCCUAGGCUUACUCCUUCCAAGGCAACUGAAAAAUAGACUUCACGCUUGUCUCUAGGAAUGCACCAUUUGUCAGGAGUUUUUGCAGGCCUCUCACUGGUUAAAUAGACUUACAGACAGGCCAAUGAGUGCAACACAGAACAUAGAAUCUUUAAAUAGUAGUAAAUUGCGGAAAUUGCAUAUGCUGGCAGGGCGUAGAUAUGAGAAAUUCAGAAUCAUGCUAUAAGUUGUAAUGGCACUGCAUCCAAUGAAAUGUGACAGGACCUCCAUGAUUGCAAAAUUUUUUAUUCCCUAGAAUACAUUUUCUGGGAGUUAAAUUGAAAAUCCGCUUUAGCAAAUGGCACAAAGGGAAUAAGGACAUCCAUGUUACGAAAGAAAACUCGGUUUUGUUUAUAGGAGAACUUUAUGCUGGCUGAAGGUAUUCUGUAUCUGACUCCCACGCAAAAGCAGCAAUGCCGUGGGUACCAACAGUCCAUGGCCUAAAACAGACCUGUUUUACAUGUGACUAAAUCUGUUACAUAGUCGGUUUUAUAUAGAGGCUCUGUUUAGGAACUGGGGAAAAGUUCCCCAAUGUUGGUGAAGCUGCAACUGUAUAUAAUGGCUUUUGUGCACUGAGCAACAAAGACGGUUAAGGUAAGGGAUGGGCAGGUAGUGGCCAUGGGUGUGGCAACAGCAGUGGGAAGCAGCAAGCAUUUAGUUACUUACAGUAGAUAUUUGCUUUGCACUUGAUUGUAUACACUGCCAAUUUAAAUACCCAUAAGUACAUGGUGAUCAUAAAAUACAUGCAAUCACACAUAGAUCCUUUUUAAAGGAUCUUAAUUACAUAUUGUGUGCCUUUAAUUAAUUUAAUGUGAAUUAUUAAAGAAUCAUUCUAUGCAGCAUAAAAUUAUCUAUAAUUUAUUUUGAUUUUGUUUUUUUUUAAGAGAACAUGUAAAUCUUAAGUAAGUAGUGCUUUUAGGAACUACUAGAAAUAAUACCAGGCCAAGUCCUGGGGCCCAUGUUGUUCUUAGGCUGUUGGUGGCACACCAUAAAGGAAUACCAGAACCAGGUAUAGAGAAUUAGACCAUUAUGUGGCCUUCUCUAUCUGACAGUCAUGGCACUCAUGUUGUGCCAGCAAUAGCGUGUUCCCUAGAUUUAGAAAGUAGGCCAAGUGAGCAAAUAGCAUGAUGGGCUACUGAGGUAUAGCCGUAGCUAGUAAAAUAGCCUAAAAUGGCCAUAAACCUAGCAAGUGUCUCUAGUUCAGUAAUCUUUAAUCAGCCCAUCUGAUAAACUCCUUUUAAAUCUAUAGCAUUAUCAGUUAUAUUUCCCUGUGCAACAGAAGUUCACAACUUAAAAUGAAAUUAUUUUUUACAUUUUAUUGUGCAGUGACAGGAAAUGGCCAGUAACUGUAAACCAAAGUGGUUAUGUGUAUGCAGCACAGCAGCAGUCUAAAAUCCAUCAAUGGGAAUCUAUCAAUUCUUGUUUAUAUUGAUAUGUUCACAGUGCAGCUACCUCAGGUUGCAGAAUAAAAGCAAAUGCCCUCAACACAAGUCAGGGCAAAGCAAUCAGGAAUAAUGUACACUGUGAAGCAUUCAUUAUUUGCUCUGGUACUGGUUCUUGUAGUUACUAAAUUGCCACUUGAAUUGUUGUAUUUUGAUUCACUGUAUUGAAAUAAACAUGUUCUAGGUC